UCCAUGGUUUCUGCCCAUCUCAAGAAACUAUCAUCUUAUAUCUUAAAAAUUUGCAAAGGAAUGUUUACAAAGAAACUGGCGAAUACCACUAAGAAGAAAGAGAGCAGCGAAAACAAAAAAGAAUCGAAAUUGACCCCUGAAUUAAAUGCACGGAAUCCAACCUUUUCCACCACUCUGAAAAGCACAGUUAAAAAAAUAUCUAAAUGCUCCUCGGCACGGAAUAUAUCUCUUGAAGAAGACGACGGUAAAAACGAUUGCUCGUCUCUCUCACCGACCUUUAGUUACCGUGUAGCAAUCGCUAACGGACUCCAAAAAAACGCCCUAGCGUUGAACAAUAAUGAAAGUGUUUUUCAUGAAGUCCUGUCCAUCGACAGCAGCUAUUCUGACUCUCUAAACGAGGCAAAACUUGUCCAUAGAUUCGAUGAACAAAAAGCUUUUACCAUGCCAGUAAGAAGGAACAGGAAGAGCCUCAUCAGUUUGGCGCCCUCUGAUGGAAGUUCAGAGGGCGAGCGCGGAGAACGUAGCAGUCUGCACACACUUCGACUUGGUGCCCUACGGAAGCUGAGGAAAUGGAAGAAGAGUCAAGAGUGCGUCUCCUCAGAUUCGGAGGCGAGCAACUGGAGGAAAACUCUGGGAAUCAGGAGCAAGUCCCUAGACAGGGCUGGACGUCAGCAGAAGACCAACACUCUGGAGCCGGGUUCCAGCUCCACAGGUUGCAUCAGCCAAACGCAAGACGUCAUGGAGAUGAUCUUCAAAGAGCUCCAGGGAAUUAGCCAGAUAGAGUCCGAACUUUCUGAGCUGCGGGGUCACGUGAAUGCCCUCAAAAGCUCCAUUGACGAGAUCUCUAGCAGCGUGGAGGUGGUCCAAAGCGAAAUCGAACAGCUGAGAUCCGGGUUCGUCCAGUCACGGCGAGAGACACGCGACAUACACGACUACAUCAGGCAGAUCAGUCGUCAAACCAACAAGGCCGCUCUUAGAUUUUUAAAUGUGCCCGAGGAGAAAUUUGAAAAAACAGAAGAGCUCAUCUAUCACAUUUUGAAAGAGAAAAUGGGUUUCACAGACGUACACAAGACACUCAAAAUUGAACUCGCUCAUCGAUUAGGGCAACAAAGAGAAUGUUCAAAUGCUAAACCUCGUCCAAUCAUAGUCAUAUUCUCAAGUCCCCAGAUGAGGGAUCUAGUUCUAAAAAAAUGUUAUAAACUAAAAGGCACAGGAAUAUCAAUUUCUACUGAUAGUCUUGCACACGAGGUAAAAGACAGAAAAGAUAAAGGGAUGACUUCCUCCCAAACGUAUGAAAGCAUGGACAUUAAAGUGUCAGCGAAAGAGAAAGCAGAGAGCGAUGACUGGGAUUCAAUGGACAGCGAUAAGGAAUUAGACGAGCUGAGCAGACGGACUCUGAACGUGUCCAAGCCAGUUCAAAAAAGCAAAUCGGACAAAAAAAAGUCCCACGACCACAGGAGAUCGGCCGAUGACGCCGCAUACCCAGGGUCAGUGCAUUACGCGGACGACGUUGCUUACGAUGACGGGGACAAGCAAAGCAAGAUGUAUUACGCAGACUUAACCCCCGGAUGGCUCUCUCAGAGCGAUUACUCCACACCUAAACUCAGUCGUUCUGAGUCAGACUGCUCCAAACUUUGCCAGUCUUACUCUGAAGACUUCUCUGACAUUCAGUACUACAGCAGAGUCAAUGGCUGUUCCUUGCUGUCCUCUUCAGACCAGGAGCUUUGGCAGAGAAAGCAGGAGGAUAUGGCUUCCUCAUGGUAUGCAAGCCCACCCAGUCAGACUCUGAGUCAGGAAAACACGCGAUAUGUGGAGCCUAUUGAAGUCGAGACCACGGAGACCAUAGACAGUGGUGUUAGUAAUGGGCUCGUGUGUAUAUCGGGAGACCGAAGCCAUUACAGUGGCUCUCAACUUUCUCUGCAGGGUGACCUCUCACCAUGGAAAGAUUGGCAUCACCUGGAGCAAGGUGCCGACUCAGGCCUGGAUGCCUCAACAGAGCAAAACAUAGUCUCAGAGAUCAGUAGCCCCUUUGACCCUGCAGCUAAUCCUGGUUUUCCCGAAAAUAUCACAAAAUGUAUGGAGGUUGACUUGCAGUUUGAGGGUGAAACCUUCCUGACACUUGAUAGCACUCCUGAGACUGCUCCUGGUAUGGAAAGCGAACCUAUCAGUCAACAAGAGCAAGAAGUUUACACAGAGGCCAACAUAAAUAGUUUCCACCAAAACCAGAACAAAUCUGCCACCAUGUAUCGCAGCCAGAGUGAAAUUAGGACAGAAAAAACAGAGGAGGUUCCCAAAUCUUGGAGCAGCAGACUCAGCAUAGACCUCAGUGACAAAACAUUCAGUUUCCCAACGUUUGGGUCCACUCUGCAGCGAGCUAAGUCAGCUUUAGAGGUGGUGUGGAACAAAGGUUCCCAGAGCACUAGCGCCACCACAGAGGAACCAGCCAAUACCUCAUUCAUGGGUCGAUUCAGGACUCUUUCCCAGUCUACAGCCAACGACUCCAGCACCACCAUUGACUCCGAUGUUUACACUGAGCCAUUCUACUACAAGGCCGACGAAGAGGAGCAAGUUGCCGAGCAACCUGUGGACAAUGAGACCCAUUACGUGGAGGUGAUGGAGCAAGUGCUGGCUAACUUGGAGAACAGGACCAAUGCCAAUGAGACAGAGGAGCAGUACCAAGAGGAAGAAUACGAGGUCUCUCAGGAAUAUGAUAUUUCUCAGGAAGGGAACCCCGUGCUGGAGUACGACUGCAGCCUAGACGAGCAAUAUGAUGAAGAAUACAUCGAGCAAAUGCAAGACGCCGAAGAACAAGAGCAGGUCAAAGACACGAUAGAGCAGGAGGAUGAAAACAAAAACGUGACGGAGGUUCCACCACCGGAAGCUCCGCCCAAAAAGAGGAUACGACCAACUUUCAAAGAGGCCGCGCUGCGGGCGUACAGGAAACAAAUGGCGGAGCUAGAGCAGCAGAUUCUUGCCGGAGGUACGAGCUCAAUAGAGGUCAAAACACGGAUUCUGAAUCCAUCUCUUCUUCUUUUUUCGUCCGAAUUUCCCCGCUGUGCCGCUGUCUGCCGGCGCGGGCGCGUCGGGGCAAACGUGACGCUAGCCACACGUGCUGAACACGCGCUCAGGGCUGGCAGUAUACUUUAUGGUAUUGACAGCAUGCCAGAUUUACGGCGGAAGAGGACCAUGCCUAUUGUGCGAGACCUGGCUUUGACCUUGGCUGCUCGAAAGGCAGGCGUCUCCUUUGCCCUGGUGAACAGAUCUACCUUAAACAACGAGGACCUGAAAAUGCAUGUGCUCAGAAAAACGUUGCAGGCCUUAAUCUACCCGAUUUCAUCCACCACGCCACACAACUUUGAGGUGUGGACAGCGACCGCGCCCACCUACUGCCACGAGUGUGAGGGUCUGCUAUGGGGCAUCGCCCGACAGGGCAUGCGCUGUACCGAGUGCGGAGUGAAAUGCCACGAAAAGUGCCAGGACCUCCUGAACGCCGACUGUCUCCAGCGGGCUGUGGAGAAGAGCUCCAAGCAUGGAGCCGAAGACAAAACACAGAACAUCAUCAUGGCCAUGAAGGAGCGCAUGAAGAUCCGUGAGAAGAACCGGCCGGAGGUGUUUGAGGUCAUCCAGGAGAUGUUCCUGCUCUCCAAAGAGGAUUUCAACACCCAUCUGAAGACGGCAAAACAGGCCGUGCUGGAAGGCACAUCGAAAUGGUCUGCCAAAAUCACCAUCACAGUGGUGUGCGCUCAAGGUUUGCAAGCCAAGGACAAAACGGGUUCCAGCGACCCCUACGUCACGGUGCAAGUCGGCAAGACCAAACGCCGAACCAAAACCAUCUUUGGCAACCUCAACCCUGUCUGGGACGAAAAAUUCUUCUUCGAGUGUCACAACGCCACAGACAGAAUAAAGGUGAGAGUUUGGGAUGAGGAUGACGAUAUCAAGUCACGCGUGAAGCAACAUUUCAAAAAGGAGUCGGACGAUUUCCUGGGGCAGACCAUCAUUGAAGUCAGGAUGCUUAGUGGAGAAAUGGAUGUUUGGUACAACCUUGAAAAGAGGACGGAUAAGUCUGCGGUGUCAGGAGCCAUCAGACUAAAGAUCAGCGUGGAGAUGAAGGGGGAGGAGAAAGUGGCCCCGCCCCAUGGCCAGUACACCUGUUUACACGAGAACCUGUUCCAUUACCUGACGGAGGUGAAGAACAGCGGGGUGGUGAAGAUUCCAGAGGUCAAAGGUGAUGAGGCGUGGAAGGUUUACUUUGACGACGUCUCACAGGAAAUCGUGGAUGAGUUCGCCAUGCGGUUUGGAGUGGAAUCCAUCUACCAGGCAAUGACACAUUUUUCCUGCCUGUCAUCAAAGUACAUGUGUCCCGGAGUUCCGGCUGUGAUGAGUAACCUCCUGGCCAAUAUUAACGCAUACUUUGCACACACCACAACCGCAAACACCAACAUCUCUGCCUCAGACCGAUUUGCCGCCUCCAACUUUGGGAGGGAAAAGUUUGUGAAGCUUUUAGAUCAGCUCCACAAUUCACUGAGGAUUGAUCUAUCCAAGUAUCGGGAUAACUUCCCUGCCGGUAACCCUGAGAGACUCCUGGACCUGAAAUCCACAGUGGACCUGCUAACCAGCAUCACCUUCUUCAGAAUGAAGGUGCAGGAACUACAGAGUCCGCCCAGGGCCAGCACAGUGGUUAAGGACUGCGUGAGAGCCUGCCUGGACUCCACUUACAAAUAUAUUUUCGACAACUGCCAUGAACUUUACAACCAAAUGCUUGACCAGGCAAAGAAACAGGAUCUCCCGCGGGAGGAACAAGGACCUUCCAUUAAGAAUCUGGAUUUCUGGCCCAAGCUUAUCACCCUCAUGGUGUCUGUGAUUGACGAGGACCGUACAGCAUACACCCCUGUGCUUAAUCAGUUUCCACAGGAGCUGAAUAUGGGCAAGGUGAGCGCUGAGAUAAUGUGGAAUCUCUUCGCUAUGGAUAUGAAAUACGCCAUGGAAGAACACGACAAGCAUCGCCUAUGCAAGAGCACGGAGUACAUGAAUCUGCACUUCAAAGUCAAAUGGUUUUAUAACGAGUAUGUGCGGGACCUGCCUGCUUACAAGGGGACCUCUCCGGAAUAUUCUCUGUGGUUCGAGCCUUUUGUCAUCCAGUGGUUGGACGAAAACGAAGACGUGGCGAUGGAUUUCCUGAACGGCGCCCUGGAGCGAGAUAAAAAAGAUGGAUUCCAGCAGACAUCUGAGCACGCUCUGUUCUCCUGCUCCGUGGUGGACGUCUUCACUCAGCUCAACCAGAGCUUUGAGAUCAUCAAGAAGCUGGAAUGUCCGAACCCACAGGCCCUUGCUCAUUUCAUGUGCAGAUUCGCCAAGACGAUAAACAAAGUCCUCCUGCAAUAUGCUGCUAUCAUAUCAAAGGAUUUCAGCCAGUAUCUGAACAAGGAAAAAGUGCCCUGCAUCCUCCUGAAUAACAUCCAGCAACUACGUGUCCAGUUGGAGAAGAUGUUUGAAUCCAUGGGCGGAAAACAGCUGGAUGCCGAGGCCAGUGACCUGCUGAAGGAGCUGCAGAACAAGCUGAACGCAGUUCUGGAUGAACUCAGCGGAGUGUUUGGAUCCAGUUUCAAGCCUGUUAUAGAGGACUGUGUGAAGCAGAUGAACCAGGAGCUGGUUCAGAUGAAAGGCAAUGCAGGGAACAAAAGCAAUGCUGCUAUGGAUGCUGAGACUGUGCUUCGUCCCCUCAUGGACCUGCUGGAUAAGAACUUGAUUUUGUUUGCCAAGAUCUGCGAGAAGACGGUCCUAAAGCGAGUGUUGAAAGAACUGUGGAAAAUCGUCCUCAACACCAUCGAGAGACAGAUUGUAUUGCCUCCCUUAACAGACCAAACUCAAGGGGCUCAGAUGAUAUUCAGCGCCGCCAAGGACCUGGGUCAGUUAUCAAAGCUGAAGGAACACGUGAUCCGAGAGGAGGCACGCAGUCUGACACCUCGCCAAUGCGCAGCCAUGGAUUUAGUGCUGCCCACCAUCAAGCAAUAUUUCCAUGCUGGAGGUAACGGACUGAAGAAAACCUUCCUUGAGAAGAGCCCAGAUCUGAAGUCCUUGAAGUACGCGCUCAGCCUUUACACACAACCCACAGAUGCCUUGAUCAAGAAAUAUAUAUGCACCCAGACCUCGCAAGGUCAGUCGUCCUCGGGUUCCGUGGGGGAGGUGUCCAUGCAGGUGGAUCUCAUCUCACAUCCAGGCACCGGCGAACACAAAGUCAGCGUGAAGGUUGUGGGUGUGAACAACUUGAACUGGCAGACCAACGCCAUGUUCAGGCCGUUCGUGGAGAUUAACGCCAUAGGCCCUCACCUCGCCGACAAGAAACGCAAGUUUAGCACCAAAACCAAGAACAACAACUGGUCCCCCAAGUACAACGAAACAUUCCAGUACGUACUGAGUAACGAACACGGUCCAGAGGCCUACGAGUUACACAUCUCGGUCAAGGACUAUUGCUUCGCUCGUGAGGACCGCGUUAUCGGCAUGACCGUGUUCCAACUCAGAGAGCUGGCCGACAAAGGGAGCUGUACGGUCACGAACCCGCUGGUGAGGAACGUUACCAUGGAUGAAACAGGGCUGACCAUCAUGAGAAUUCUCUCUCAGAGGACCAACGACGAGGUGGCCAAAGAAUUCGUGCGUCUCAAGUCGGACACGCGGUCAGCCGAAGAAGUGUCGUAA